AAAAAAACAAAUUAGAAUUUCCAAAAUUAAUGAUAUAAUAAUAAAAAGUGUAUUAUAGCUUAGGAGAUUUUUUAAGUUCUUCUUUAUCAUCUCAUACUCAUAUUUAAAUUCAAGAAAGAAAAACUUAUGUAAUACAUGAUAAUAUAAAAGAUUUAGGCCUAGUUUUUGAAAAAUGCUCCAUUCUUUAAGUAAUAUCAAUAAAUCUAGAUAGUAAAUAUGUUAAUGAUUAAAGUAUGUUAAUAUUAGGCUAAAGUAUAGCAAAAUGUAUUAACAUUCUAAAUUUGAUGUUAAGUGUAAAAAGUAACAUGAUCAAGGCAAAAGGUGCAUUAUAUCUACUUUCAGGUUUAUCAAGUUGCUAUUUGUUAUAAACUUUGGUACUUGAUCUUAGCAAUAAUAAAAUUGGACCUGAAGGUUCUACUAAUCUAGGGUCUGGUUUGGCAUAGCUUACUAAUAUCUAAAAUUUAAAACUUAAUUUAAGAUUAAAUAUAAUAUAUGAUGAAGGUUUAUCAGGUCUAGCUUCAGGCUUAGAAAAAUGCUCUAAUCUCUCAAAUUUGGAAUUAAAUCUUAAUUACAACUAUAUUGGGCAAAAUGGUGUAUAAUCUUUAGUUUCUGCUCUUAAGUAAUGCUAAUGUCUUUCAAUUUUAUUACUUGAUUUGUCUAAAAAUUCUAUUUGUGUUUAAGGUGCAAAAAAAUUGAUUAAUUCUAUGAUUGAUCAUAAAAGACUAUUUACUUUGAAAAUAAAUUUAAUUGAGAAUAAAAUAUAUUAUGGAGAUUGUAGUUUUAUAAAUAUUUUAGCAAAAUGUACUAAGCUAUCCUCUUUGAAAUUAAAUUUAGGUUUAGUUACAGAAGAUAUGAUUUAAUAAAUUGUUCAAUAAUAUUAAAGGCUUUAAAAGAAACUAGAAGCAAAACUUUUUAAAACAAAAAGGCUAGUUUAAAUAAAGAUUAAUUGAUUAUCAUCAAUAAACUCAACUCUUUUAAUAAGCUAACUAAAAAUCUGACUUUUUUAGUAUUUGAUUAAUUUAGAGUGAAAUGAGUAUUUAAUUUACAAAAAGCGAAAUGUAAUAUAUCUUAAUAACAUAAUAAAUAAAGCUAAAUAAGCUAAAAACAGCUUUAUUUUUGAGUUUUUAGAAAGUUUUAUAUUCACAAAAUGUAAAAUAUGAAAUAAUAAAAACAGUGUGUAUUCAUUCAUUCUUAUAACAUGUCAUUUUUUAUAAAUUUAGAAAAAUUUUAAUAAAAACUUUAGCUCAUUUUUAAAGAGUGCUUAAUUUAUAAGGGUGAAGUUUGAUAGGUUUUACUGUGUAUACAAGAAUCAUUUGAAUUUGGACUUUUGCAAUCAUAGAUUAUUCUUAAAAUCUAUUUUUUGACAAUAAAAUUAUUAAUCGAAAUAAAA